AUGCAAUUUCACGGUACCAGAAAGGAGGAUCACGAGACCAUCGAAUCUUAUGUGAAAAAAUUGCAAUCCAUAGCCAAUUCUCUGGCAGAAAUCAACAAUCUUGUAUCAGAUCAGGAUUUGGUUUUGCAACUUCUUGCUGGUUUGCCUUCUCAAUAUUCGGCUUACCAAGACACAAUCUCAUCUCAGUUUCCUCUCCCCGAUUUUUCAAAGGCUUGUUCCUUGCUUUACAUGUACGAAACAUUAUUGAAAGAGCAAGAAACAACAAAUCCUACUAGUAGUGAGGAGGGAAAUUAUAAUAAAGAGACAUUUGAUAAGUUUCUUGAUAUGCUUUGUACAGUGAGUAGUGUAGCUUCAACCGCAUGUGGCCUUUGGAAUAUGUUUGGAACUUCAUCAACUAUGGGAAAUAAGAAAUACUAUGCACAAAGACCUAAUGGAGGAAGGAGAAACUAUAGUAAGAGAGGCGGUUUUCGCAACUUCGGUGGGAAGUAA